AUGCCGGUAGAAAUGGUAAGGAAAAGAGGGAAACUUGGAGAUAAGCACCAGGAAGGGGGAGUAGGAUACAUUGUUAUUGAAGAUGACAACUGCAGUGUCUAUGUAGCCGGUGUUUUGAAAUGGGGCGAAUGCAAAGAUGACAGAUAUAUUGAUUUCGAUGCAGAAGGUUUCGAGGAAGGUUGUUUUUAUCCAGACAAACCAUGCCUUAGUCAUAAGCACUGUGAAGGUCACAUGCAGUGUUACUUAAAAUUUGAUGCUUAUCCCCGUUUAGAUAAACCAUGUCUAGAUAUAGGAGGACAUUGUGUAAAACCAGGAUCAAGAAUUGAUGGAAUAUUUUAUAAGGGUUACUGUCCAUGUGAUUAUGACUGUUAUGUUAGAAUCCAGGAUUCUGGUUGUACCGGCACAGACCAUUGUCAAACGCCCAAUCUACCUUGUGGAGGAACGUUGAAUCAUAAUCUAUGUGGUGUUUCCCUCGCUUGCUGUGUCAGUAAUGAGGAUGAUACCAAAUGCACUGAUGCCCCUUAUUGGGGUAAAUGUGAUGAUAUUACAAAGACACCUUGUGAAAAUGGUGAUUAUAGGCAUGGUAAUCCUAAAUUAUGUUCCGGACCUGUUCAUAGACAGUGCUGCAUAGAUGGAUGUGUGGAUUACCUUGAAGUUGAUGACAAGGAAGUUCUCACUCAGUGUCAUGUGUAUGGCGGAUGCUGUAGACCUUUCUGUGAACCACCAGAAGUAGAAACGGAAGAAUAUUCUUGUGAAAUAACAAAUAGGGAUGGGAACAUCAUUGGAACACAUUGUAAAUGUUGUAUAAUUCCAGGUGGUGAACCAGUGAUUGGAGUGAGAGGGGAUCCGCAUUUUAUCACACUUGACAGCCAAAAGUACAAUUUUAAUGGCCACUGUUCCUACGUAUUGUUGAGAGAAUGCACAAAUCCUUUGGGAACUCCACGUUUUACUGUGACUACUAAACACAGUUUGAUGGAAAGCUUAAGAAGGAAUUUAAAACCAUAUGUCGACAGCACAUCGGUCAUCGUAGGGGCAUUCCGAGCUGAUCUUUUGCACGGCAAUUUAGUUUCAAUCAAUAAUGAACCUGCAGUGCAUAUUCAUGAGUUAAGAGGAUGGAACAAAACAGAUAAAGGCAUCACUGUGACACCAGACAAGGGCAUGGUUAAAGUAGACGUAGAGGGUGAAUUUACUGUAUGGUUUAAUGGUAAUGGACGUGUCAAUGUCGCCAUUGAUCGACAGUAUCACGGGAAAGUGUGUGGUUUACUUGGCAACGCCAAUGACAAUUCCGAUGACGAUUUCCAGAAAUUGACAACUAAUGGUUUGGAAUUGGUCACGGACAUAGAUGAAUUUGCAAAUAGUUGGGUUGUGCCGAAUAGUUGUCCGUGAAACCGAAAUCAGCAGA